AUGUAUCUAUCUAUCUAUUGCAGUAUGUUCAUAUCUAUCUAUCUAUUGAAGUAUUUUCAUAUGUAUGUAUGUAUGUAUGUAUGUAACUAUCUAUUACAGUAUACUCAUAUCUAUCUGUCUAUCUAUCUAUCUAUCUAUUGCAAUGUGUUCAUAUCUAUCUAUGUAUUUAUCUAUUGCAGUAUUUUCAUAUGUAUGUAUGUAUCUAUCUAUCUAUUGCAGUAUGUUCAUAUCUAUCUAUCUAUCUAUCUAUCUAUCUAUCUAUCUAUCUAUCUAUUGCAGUAUUUACAUAUGUAUGUAUUUCAUCUAUCUAUCUAUUGCAGUAUUUCUUAUAUAUCUAUCUAUUGCAAAAUUUUUCAUAUGUAUGUAUGUAUGUAUGUAUGUAUCUAUCUAUUACAGUAUGCUCAUAUCUAUCUAUCUAUCUAUCUAUCUAUCUAUCUAUCUAUUGCAAUAUGUUCAUAUCUAUCUAUCUAUUUAUCUAUUGCAGUAUUUUCAUAUGUAUGUAUGUAUCUAUCUAUCUAUUGCAGUAUGUUCAUAUCUAUCUAUCUAUCUAUCUAUUGCAGUAUUUACAUAUGUAUGUAUGUAUCUAUCUAUCUAUUGCAGUAUGUUCAUAUCUAUCUAUCUAUUGCAGUAUUUUCAUAUGUAUGUAUGUAUGUAUCUAUCUAUCUAUCUAUUGCAGUAUGUUCAUAUCUAUUUAUUGCAGUAUUUUCAUAUGUAUGUAUGUAUCUAUCUAUCUAUUGCAGUAUGUUCAUAUCUAUCUAUCUAUUGCAGUAUUUUCAUAUGUAUGUAUGUAUGUAUGUAUGUAUGUAUCUAUCUAUCUAUCUAUUGCAGUAUGUUCAUAUCUAUUUAUUGCAGUAUUUUCAUAUGUAUGUAUGUAUAUGUAUGUAUCUAUCUAUCUAUCUAUUGCAAUAUGUUCAUAUCUAUCUAUCUAUUUAUCUAUUGCAGUAUUUUCAUAUGUAUGUAUGUAUCUAUCUAUUGCAAUAUGUUCAUAUCUAUCUAUCUUUUGAUAUUUGUCUAUGUCUGUAUAUAGGUUGUCUUCUUUUUUUAUUUCAUUCAUUUUCUUUUAUCUUCUUGUUUCAUUCGUCCGUGUUUCUUUUCUUAAUAUUUACUUUUUCUCUCAUAUGUAAUUCAUUCUCUUUUCUUUCCUACCAUUUUCUUCUUUCCUUUUAUUUCCAUUCGUUUCUUUCUUUCAGUUUUUUUUAUUUGUCUCUAUUUCUCAUUUACAUCGAUUUAUUCUCCUUUUUUUUUUCGAACGUCCAUUCUUUCUCUAAUUUUUUUUCUUUCUUUUUUUUUCCGCUUGUUUCAUCCUCUUUACAUUUUUUUUUCAUUGUUUGUUUUCUUAUUUGUCUUUUCAGCAAAUUUUUUUUUGUUCUUGUUUUUUUUGCAUUAACAUUUCUUCUUUAUUUUCGUCCUCCCCUCUUUUCUAUAUGUUCUUCUCUUUCUUUCUGA